AUGGCCACUGGAAUUAACAGAAAAAUUUCUGCAGCAUCAGCUCGUUCUCACACCAGGAGAGCCAACAAAUCCUCCUCUUUUCAGAUUCCUUCAGGGAUACUUAAAACAACAUUAGCAGUGUUGUUUAUUGGGUUUCUAGCAUGGGCUUAUCAAGCUACCCAACCUCCUCCUCCCAGCAUAUGUGGCUCUCCUGAUGGACCACCUAUAACCGCGCCAAGAAUCAAACUAAGAGAUGGAAGGCAUUUGGCAUACAAAGGGCACGGUGUUCCUAAAGACGAGGCAAAGUAUAAAAUCAUCUCCGUUCAUGGUUUUUCCGGUUGCAGGCAUGACACAGUGGUUGCCGACACCCUAUCCCCUGAUGUUGCUAAGGACUUGGGGAUCUACAUUGUAUCUUUUGAUAGACCUGGUUAUGGAGAGAGCGAUCCCGAUCCAAAUCGUACAUUAAAGAGCAUUGCUUUGGAUGUAGAAGAGCUCGCUGAUCAGCUGGGAUUAGGGUCAAAAUUUUACGUGGUCGGUGUUUCCAUGGGUGGACAAGUUGUUUGGAACUGUCUUAAGCACAUACCUCACAGGCUAGCAGGUGCAGCGCUCUUAGCGCCAGUCAUCAAUUUCUGGUGGCAUGAUCUUCCUGCAAACUUGACUACUGAAGCCUAUAGCCAAAAUAAAUUGCAUGACCAAUGGGCUAUGCGUGUUGCACACUACGCGCCAUGGCUAACGUACUGGUGGAACACUCAAAAAUGGUUCCCAAUUUGUAGUGCGAUUUCUCGUAGUCUAGAUAUGCUUUCAAAACAAGACAAAGAGCUUUUAAUUAAGUUGAUGGAUGAUAAAGAUGAUUAUGUGGCACAGGUAAGACAGCAAGGAGAAUAUGAAAGCGUCCACCGCGACUUAAACAUUGGAUUCGGGAGAUGGGAAUACACUCCUUUGGAAAUUCAAAAUCCAUUUCCAAACAACGAAGGUUCCGUUCAUCUUUGGCAAGGAGACGAGGAUAUGUUGGUUCCCGUUACGCUUCAACGAUACAUUGUGCAAAAUCUUCCGUGGAUUCACUACCACGAACUUCCAGGUUCUGGCCACCUCUUCCCUCACGCCGAUGGUGUGAGUGAAACUAUCCUUAAGUCACUUUUAGGUGUGAAGUAG